AACAUUAUACAGACAGGAUAAAUACAAGAUUAUUAGACAUGUUAUGACAACUGACAUGUAAAUAUCUAUAUUAAUUGUGAAUCGUAAUUUAUUGUGAAAAUUAGUUUAUUGUAAGUUUGUACAUAAAAUUAAUUGGUUAAAGUUAUCGAAAUUGUACCAAUGGGUGCGUUGACAAGUCGUCAAAAUGCUGGUGCAGAUAAUGAAGCAGAUAAUGUAUCAAAUCAUGCCUACAAAUAUCCACCUAGAUCUGGAAACUAUUUCGGGAGUCAUUUUAUCAUGGGCGAAGAAAAAUUUGACACACCUCAACCAGAAGCUUACUUAUUUGGUGAAAAUGCAGAUUUAAACUUUUUGGGAAGUCGACCUACACCUUUCCCAUAUCAACAACCCCAAGGCAAUGAACCUACUAAAACAUUAAAAAGUCUGGUAAAUAUUCGCAAAGAAUCUUUAAGAUUUGUUCGAGCUCCGUCCGAUAUUGGUAAAAUAUCAGCUGUUGGAUUGCAAGGUGAUGUUGAAACCACGAAAGGAGUAUUAUUUAAUAUUGAAUUCAUUUUUGAUUGUGAUGCUCGAUGCGCAAUUACAAUACAUUAUUUUUGUUCGGAAGAAGUCACUCCAAAUGGAUUAGUUUAUACACCCAGAGAUCCUUAUAUGAGCUCAGAAACAUUCCACUAUAAACGAGGCGCUAAUCAACAAUUUUGUCAACCAAUGCAUGUAUUCAAUCCAACAAAAUAUACAGAAGAUGAGCUUCUUUACAAUCCAGAUAAAGAAAUUAUUCCCAUCGCUAUUCAUUGUGUUGCUGAAGAAGGAUCUGAUGAACCAAAACAAUCUCAUACUACAAUUGCAGUAGUGGAAAAACACACAGAUGGUUCAUAUGUUUUGAAAGGUUUAAAACAAAAGUUGUUUGUCGAUGGAUUAUGUUAUUUGUUACAAGAAAUUUACGGGAUAGAGAAUAAAAAUAUGGAUACUAAGCCGUGGAUUGUGAAUAAUUGCGAUGAUGAAAUGGAGGAUAAUGGAUCUGAAUGUGUAAUAUGUAUGUGUGAUGUUCGCGAUACUCUAAUAUUGCCGUGUCGUCAUUUAUGUUUGUGUAAUUCUUGUGCUGAUGCAUUGCGUUAUCAAGCAAGCAGUUGUCCAAUUUGUCGAGCCCCAUUUAGAGCAUUGUUACAAAUUCGUGCACUUCAAAAGAGUAUGAGUAUUAUUCAAGCUCCAGCAAGUCCACCAGAUGGUAGUUGUGCCAAUAUUCCUGCAGGUUAUGAAGCCGUAUCUUUAAUUGAAGCUUUAAAUGGGCCAUGUGUUCCAAGACAACCACCAUCUGCACCCUGUGAACUAAUUGAAACUCCUGAAAAUGAAUCGUCAAUUCAAGCAGCUGAAAUUCUUAAUCGAUCAAAUUUGGAUCGUACUUCAAUAAAAGGUAGUCCAAAAGAUUCGGAACUAAAACAAAAUCGUGAACGAUCUGGAUCCAGCCAAACACCAGAGUUUCGAAUGUCAGUGUUAAUGCAACGCGAUGAAGAUAAUAAAGAAACAUCUCAUUCACCAUUGCUUGCACCCCAAAAAUCACAAUCCAACAAUAAAUUGACUGAUACACGAAAUCAAAAUUCUAGAUCAAAUAAAUGUACAAGACCACGAGAUUCACUUCGUUUAGUUAAUGAAAAAACAAAUUUGGAAAAAGAGGAUGUACAAGAUGAUGAUAGCGAGGGAGAGAAAAUGUCACCAUUAUUGGACAAUUCAAUUGGAUUACAAUUUAAUUCAUCAGCACCACCAUUACAUAUGGCAGCUGUUAUUGAACCAAUUGAUGAUACUGAUACUGAACAUGAUGAUAAUAACACCAUGACGAUGACUACUACAUCAUCAAGUGCAUAUGUUGAUAAAGUCACAAAAAAUCAACCAUUGAAAAAAGAUGAAGGUACUCUUACAACACGAGAAGAACAACAUGGUGACGAUUCUGAUUAUUAUACACCCGAAGAACCAGCUCCAGCUGUAUUGAGUCCACUGUAUAAUGAAAAAGAACGUCCUAGUACUGCUCCUCCAUCAGCAACGACAAUUACAAACAAUAGUAGUUUAUGUUCCAUAGAUAAUACUCCAUUACGACAUCCACUUGGUGCUUCUCUUCCAGGAACUCCAUUGAGUCAUUUAAGUGCUCGGAGUAGUGGCGAUAGUUACAGUAGUAGUAGCUCAACUCGACAAUUACUCACUGUUAUACCGAAUAAUGAUUCACAAGAUACAGAUACUGAUGUUCAUAUUUAAUUUUUUCUAUGCAAUUUUAUGAAAUUUAAUUUACAUU